GAUGUCUGAUGUGAUUGCAAUUUGCAUGGCGCAUGCAAAUACUAAGUACCAACCGCUUCAAAAUUCAAUCUGUGGUUUCAAUAAUUCAAUUAAUUAUUCCAUUUCCAUACUAUUUUGUGAUACUGCUUUUUAAAACAUUGUAAAUACGUAAUUACCUACUAACGUUUACUAGUACAACACAGACAAAAUGGAAAUGUCUAGAUUUUCAGACCCUUCUCCUGAUUCAUUAGAGAAUCAACAGUCAAAACGCGUCAAAACAUUUAUACUGCCGGACAAUUGUUUCGAGAAAAAUGUCGCGUGUGCUUGGAGACGCGGGAAUAAGUUUGGUAUAUACCCGCGCGCGCAAAAAGCCGGCAAAACAUCUGACGCAUGUGAUGACAAAAUUUUAGACAUACGACAAGAAAUUUUACUUUUUACGCCUAUUUUCCGCAAAUUUGUGAACGAAGCGAAUGGAGCAUUCCUGUCCGUGCAAAGCGCAGCUGAAGCGGCAAAGACGUCGGAUAAUCCAGUUGACUUUGUGAGAUUGUCUCGUCUGUAUCGUUCUAUUACACGAGUAUGCCUGGAGAGCUUGCAAGAAGCCGCAAAAAAGGAAACGGACGGUGUCGAAAUCAAGAAUCUUCAUACAUUCAUAACUAUAAUCUAUUCAAUUGAGUGUGUUUGGCAUUUAUGCGAGAUACUGUAUGUAGAUGUCAUACCGGGGGAAGUUGUUCUGCCGUUCAUAUUGGACUGGGUCAGAUUCCACUACCCGAGUCAUGAGCAGAGUGCUGCUGUUAUGUUGGAGGCUUGUGAACGAGGUUCGGAAGAUAAUCCUGAGUACUGGGACACAGUGAUGGGAAUGGUUAUUCAAGGAAGAAUAGAUGUGGCAAGAGCACUACUUAAGCUUCACUCAAAUUCUGAUAGUAAUGAAUUUAAGUUACUUGAUAAUUCAUUGAGGACCAUGCCUAUGUAUAGUGUUUACAGUGGGAUAUCAAGUGGAGAGUUUAUAAUAACAUGGAAGCAUUGGCAGGCGGAGUGUCGGUCCAAGCUGACCAGUCAGGUUUUGGCACAACAACCACAACUGGAACUUAUUUUGAGGAUAAUGAUUGGUGACUACAAUGCGUUCGAAACGAUCCGCGCCAAAUAUCUUUCAUGGUUUGACGUGAUAGGAGGUUGGAUUCUAUUCACGACCCCGUGGGCGAAGCGCCGGGAGCUGUCGAGCGCUGCGUCCGCGUGCGCAGGCUUAGCGACUACUACACGGACACAUUUGGAUGUUAUGGUGCAGGCUGUGAUGGAAGGUGAUUUGCAUCAGGUCAUACAUGAAAUACAACAAAUAUCAGACAACGGCUGGUUCGUCACUCACCUCAUAGACAUGCUCUACCACUGCGGCAAGCUGCAGAUCGUGGAUAAGCAUCAAGUUGAUGUUACAGCCCGGCUGCGAGACAGUCUCAUCCUCGAAUAUGGUUCGCUCAUGAUGGAACACAAAUCCCUCUGGUCGGUGGGGCUAUCGUACCUGGCGACAUGUCCGCCAGAAGGUCUGAAGAGAGCCGAGCUGCUGCUGGAGAGGAUCCCGCUGGAUUCAGAGGCGAAAGCCAUGAGGAUUAUUGCGGAAGCAAAUAAAUAUGGGUUGAAUGAAGUUGUGCAAACGGUAUGCGGGUGUAUGUCAACACGGCGGCUGUCCGCGGGGCAGGUGGGCGGCGCGCUCGCGUGGGGCGCCCGGGCGCGCGCCCCCGCGCUGUGCCGCCGCGCCGCGCACACCGCGCUGCGGCGCUACUGUGGCGGGGCGCGCGCCGACCUGCUGCCCGCCGCCGGCGCCGCGCUGCUGGUGGACGGCACGCUGCUGCUGCUGGGUAAAUACUGCGACUUUCACAGACUGUACAAGGGUAGGGAGUUCAAGAAAGCUGCUAAGUUACUGGUCUCUUUAAUGACUUCCAAGAUUGUUCCUGACUAUUUCUGGGAAACACUCCUCCUAGACAGUCUGCCGCUCCUCGAGACGGAGACACCGGUGCUAUCCGCUGAAGACACGUACGAGAUCAUGCUGUGCCUCGAACUCCGCGCUGCCCAACUCACUGGGGAGAAGGCUGAACUCUUGAGGCUGGCACUGGCUAGGAACCUAGCGAGGACAGCGCUGAUGGAUGAUAAGGAUGAAGAGUAGUAUGACUGUGAUUCAGUGUUGUGCUGUGCAUGUCAGUACAGCGAAGGGUUUUAAAAUUAAAGGAAAUUAGCGGGAUGUGUUGUGAUACGAAAUGUUAAAGUGAUGUGUACCAAUGGAGAGAUAGACAGGUUGUAAGCAUUUUAUAACCGCAAAUUUUAUAAAACAGGUUAAAACUUUUUCACUUGCCCACACAUGUCAGGACCUUUCGUAUUGUCAUUCUGGAGUGUAUACAAAAUUUAUAUAUGAAAUAUUUGUGGCAAACAGAAUUUUGGAAUUUUAUUGUAAACAAUAUAAACUGUAACCCUUAUGUUUAGGAAUAAAAGGCUAUAUUAUUAUUUAAUACUAGCGGUCCGCCCCGGCUUCGCCCGUGGUACAUGUUUACGUUUUCUCUACAUAAAAUCCAUCCUCGUACUUCAAGAAAUAUAAUAAAAAAAGAAUUAUCGAAAUCGGUUCAGCCAAUCUCGAGUUAUGCGCUUACCAACACAUUUUGCGAUUCAUUUUUAUAUAUAAGAUUAUUAAUAAACUGAUAUCAUAACAAAGUAUUUUUUGGUUUCUAAUUUUUUAUGUAGAUACUUUAACAUAUUAAAAGAGUGAAAUUCAUAAUAUGAUCACAAAUUUAAAAUGUGUAUCAGUAAUUAUUAAGCCUCUAAGUUCUCUUAGUAAUUAAGCCUCAACUAAAUAAUGUAUACUUACCAUUAAAUUUAUGAUUUCAUAAACAAAAAUUGAUUAAAAUGAUUUAAAACAUUUGUUGCACAAAAAACUCAAAAAUGAUUUCCGGAAACGUGAGUCCUGAAAUGAAACAAGUAAUGUAAUAUUUAAAAAAAAUUAGGAUUAUGAUUUUUGAUACUUUAUAAACAAAUAAUAUCAAAAUAGAAUAAGUUUUCUGUUUAUGUGAAACACUUUUAAAGGAGCUACUGUGUGGCAAAAUAGUUAUAAGAUAAAGAGUAAGCUAAUAAAAAGGUUGAUUUUGA